AUGGACAAGGCACUUCAGGUCCUUGACAACAUGAAGAAAAAUAAUCUAGCAGCGGACGUUUGCACUUAUGGAGCUUUGAUAAAUGGGUGGUGUAGCCAAGGAAAAAUGAGGGAGGCAUCGAAAUUAUUUAAAAUGAUGGCGGACAAAGGAGUCGAGCCGAAUGAUGUGAUAUACAAUACAAUGAUUUACGGGUACUGCAGAGAAAGCAGCUCGUAUAAGGCGCUGAAGCUGCUAUGUGAAAUGGAUGAAAAGGGGAUGAGGCCUAAUGCAGCGAGUUAUAACAUGACGAUUCAAGUGCUUUUGGGUGAUGGAAAAUGUGAAGAGGCUAAUAAUCUUCUUGCAGGCAUGAUAAAGUCUGGGAUAAGACCUUCUAAUAAUCUUUCAGUAGGGUGA